AUGUCCUCGGGUAACUGUUGCAUACUAGGCUUUUAAAAACUGUUCUCCAUUUGUGCCAAGACUCAAAUAAAAAAUUAAAAUAAAAAAAGGCCAGCAAAUGUAUUGCUCACAAUGGCAUAUUUUGCUAAUGACCACUCUAUAUAUCCAAGACAUUGGGAAUGGACUGGUAUGCUCCAUGCAUAUGCAUCCUUCCACCAAAGGCUGUACAUGCCAUUCUGCUUGUGCACUGUAUGAUUUGUGGUAGUCUGUUGCAUUGUUUGUGGGUUACAUACUUAAUGGUUCGUGAACAUUUGUAGUCUUAAUUAAUGACCAUGAUGUGACGUUGUUUGUCACAUAGAUGGUGCUUUUUAAAGUUAAAUGAUAUUUGUCAUUUAGGAGAACAAUUUAAAUCUUUUUUUAUUUAACCCCUUAAGGACUAGACUGUUUUUGCGAUGUUGUACAUUUGCGACCAGGCAUAUUUUUACACUUUUGUGGUGUUUGUGUUUGGCUGGAAUUUUCCGCUCUCUCAUUUACUGUUCCCAUACAAAUUAUAUAUUGGUUUUUUUCAGGACAAAAGGGGCUUUCUUUACAUACCAUUAUUUAUAUAAUCUCAUGUAUUUUAAUUUAAAAAAAAUAAAAAAAUAUGAUGAAAUAUUGAAAAAAAUACAUGUUUUUUGACUUUUACUUGAAAAAUCUUUUACUCAUCUACAAAAGCGAAUUAAAAAAACUGCUAAAUAGAUUCAAAAUUUUGUCCUGAGUUUAAAAAUACCCCGUGUUUACAUGCUUUUUUGCUUUUUUUUGCAUGUUAUAGGGCUAUAGGUACAAGUAGAAUAUUGCGGUUUCAAAACAUAAAUUUUUAAAAUUUAUCAAUAGUGACAUUGUCACACUAUUAUCUGUCAUAAAUCUCUGAAUAACACCCCACAUGUACAUAUUUUUUUUAAAGUAGACAACCCAGGGUAUUCAAUAUGGGGUAUGUCCAGUCUUUUUUAGUAGCCACUUAGUCGAAAACACUGGCCAAAGUAAGCAUUCAUAUUUGUUUGUGUGUGAAAAAGUAAAAAAACUAAAUUGAACGCUAAUUUUGGCCAGUGUUUGUGACCAAGUGGUUACUAAAAAGACUGGACAUACCCCAUUUGCAAUACCUUGGGUUGUCUUCUUUUGCAAAUGGUAUGCCAUCAUGGGGGUAAUUCUCAUUCCUGGGCUACCAUACGCUCUCAAAGGCAACGUAACCAACCUGGCCAUUUUCAAUGUAAAAAUAUUUGACCCAUAUAUUUGACCUUGUAACUUUCAAAAAUGCUAUAAAACCUGUACAUGGGGGGUACUGUUUUACUCGGGAGACAUCGCUGAACACAAAUAUUAGUGUUUAAAAACUGGAAAACGUAUCACAACAAUUAUAUCAUCAGUAAAAGUGCUGUUUGUGUGUGAAAAAUGCAAAAAAAGUCACUUUCACUGACAAUAUCAUCGCUGUGAUAUGUUUUACUGUUUUGAAUCACUAAUAUUUGUGUUCAGCGAAGUCUCCCGAGUAAAACAGUACCCCCCAUGUACAGGUUUUAGGGUGUCGUAGAACGUUACAGGGUAAAAUACAGUGCUAGCAAAUUCAGUUCUCUGGAAUUUCGGCCUGGGUUGGCAGGCAGGUCCCUUAAAUUGCAAUCAAUAAAAUUACUGAAUUAUGUAAAACUAUUACAUAAAUACGCACGUAGAAUUUAAAUAUAUAUGCAUAUUUAUAUAUCUGAAGUCUACGUGUAUAUUUAUAUAAUUAUUUAUGUAAUUUUGUAUAUGGACAUAUGUAUAUUUCUUAUUAUUUUUAUUUAUUUUUAUAUACAUAGAUAUAUAUACAAAUUCAUUCUAAGUGUAUUUUGAUAUAAAUAUAUAUAUAUUAAUUUUAAAAUACAGUUAGAAUAAAAUUUCAUAUAGAUAUAUAAUUUUUAAUUUUUUUAUUAUUUAAAAAAUGUUUUAUUUAAUUUAAAUUACUUAUUAUUUAUAUUUUAUAAUAUAUAUACAAUAAAUAGUUAUUAUAUAUAUUAUAUAUAUAUAUAUACGUGUGUAAUUUAAUUAUAAGUGUAUUUUUAUAUUAAUAUAAGUACAUAUUAAUAUAAAAAUACACUUAGUAUGGCAUUAUAUAUAUAUAUAUAUGAUAUAUAGACAUAUAUUAUAUAGAUAUAAUAUAUGUCUAUAUAUCAUAUAUACACAUAUAUAAUUAUUAUUUUUUUAAUUAACAUUAACUUUAUUUUUUUUUCUGAUUUUACACAUGCAGGGAGACUGCCUGUCAGCACAGACAGUCCCCCUGCAGGCAGACACUAGGACACCUAUUGUGACCAUGUGAUCGCUGUGUUGAGCGAUCACAUGGCCACAGGGGUCCUAAUUCAGUGUGGGGAGACUGUAUGGGCUGCAGGCAGUCUCCCCACAACCGGAGCAACGCUGAUCGCCGCCGGGGGAACGACGGCGAUCAGGUAAGUAACGGAGACCGUUAGGACGGUUCAGGACCGUCAUCGGUCCUCAAGGCAAAAAUGCCGAUGACGGUCCUGAACCGUCCUCUGUCGCUAAGGGGUUAACAAAGCUUGCUCUCACUCUGGGGUUGCUAGAAUUACUGUGCUGUUUGACCUCCACCAUAUGUCUUAUUGUUACCUGUUAUACGUACUUCAAUUUACUCACUAGUUUGUACUUUUAUUUAUAUUUACUUUUUAACACCAAAAAUAUGAUAUAAAGUAAUAGAUGGUAAAAACAGCUUUGUGUGUGUGUGUGUGUAUAUAGUGGUUCACUGGCUUUGCUCCUCUUCCUGAGUUUUUUUUAAAGCUGUUGUAUACAGCAGACACAUACUCCAAGGAAUCCAUGUAUAAUGUGGAUUUAUGAGGCAAAAAUGUGGUUCUUUGUUGAGCUCAUUUGCAUACGCCUACCCAGAAUCCCUUGCACUAGGGAGAGCACUGUUAAAGUGAGAUUUCUGUGGGAAAAGAGUCUUAUGGCUUGACUGGUGUGUGUAUUUGUGUUUAGCAAUGUAUUAACUAAUAUAUACAAAUAAAUAUAUUUACAUUUUUUUUAUUUAUUUAAAUUGUGUUCUUUUCUGGUUUUAUGUUUCUUUACCUAUUUACUCAGAUCUAUUACCUUUUGCCAAAAUAUUCCAUGCUGCUCCUAUUAUGUCACUUUAAUUCCCAGUUCCAUUUUGUAUCUUUUCUUUUGGUUCACUGAUUUGUUCAUUCCAAAAAAAUAAAAAGGCGUGCAAAAAUGUGCCGUUUAUUUACAACAAAUAUUUCCUCCACUUUCAUAGUCAGAUUUUCUGUGACCGUUAAUGAGCUGUCUGUCUCCCUUUUUAUUUUAUUUAUUAAAAUUAUAUUUAAAAGAAAUAAAAUGAAAAAAGAAAGUUUAUACAUUGUGAACAUCUAUUUUUUCUUUUCCUAGUCAUAUACCCAUUUGUCUUAAUUUGUGAAUGUGAUCAAUGAUGAAAUCAAAAUAUAAUAUUUUUAAAAUAGUAGAGGGGUAAAAAGAGGUUGAUUUAUUUUGGUGCUUUACAGAAAAAAAAAGACAAAAGUGCUUAAAAGGUGGUGUAACCGUUUUGUGCACAGUAGUGCCCAGCGAAUAGUGUUUUUAGACAUUCAACUUUUUUUUUUUUUCUUUUUUUUUUUACAUAUGUCUUUUACAGCAGGGCUUUUAUUAUUGAAUAAUUCAUUAUAUUAUUAAUUUCUUGUUGAGAAUCUUUGGUUAACAAACAUUUGUUGCUUCCUGUAUUGCAGGUGUCAGCUGCGAUGCAUGUUUAAAAGGAAAUUUCAGAGGCCGUAGAUACAAGUGCUUAAUUUGUUACGAUUACGAUCUGUGCGCAUCUUGUUAUGAAAGUGGUGCAACUACAACAAGGCAUACGACUGACCAUCCAAUGCAGUGCAUAUUGACAAGGGUAGACUUUGGUAAGUGUUCUGUUGCAUACUCACCAUGGAGAAAACACACACUUUUUUUCCCUCUAUAGUCCUAUGUAUAGCUAUUGAAGAUGGACUUUGUUUUCUGUUGCAUAUAAGUAAAACUAACCACACUGCUCUUUUACUGCUGCAGAAAGUGUUGCAUAGAAAGUUGGUAAUAGAGUUGCAUGGAGAUGCAAAAAAAAACCCCAUAGCUGAACGAUUUAUAUUAACUCUAUAGUGUUGGGUAUAAAAACCACGUACUUCUAUGCUAUAGUGACCUGGUCACUAUUUAGGUUCCUGGCCUCCCUCCGAGUGCAUGAAAUGGUUCGAUUUACUUUUUAUGCAUUGCCGCGCUGGUCUCCGGACCACUGCCCCAACUCUUUGCCUGAGAUUAUCAGUCUUGAUGAUUUCAGACAAUCCAAUGUUUACCUAUAGGAAAGCCUUGGGAGGCUGGUGCGCAUGCACAACAAAUCACUGUAAUUAUAUAUGCGUGGCAUCACAGUAUGUAAAUCAGAAGUAGUGACUUAAGAGUAAAAAAAUACAUUUGGAAAGGGGAAAAUGCUGUAAACCACAAAAAAAAUACUUUAAGUUAGAUAUUAAAACUCUGUCGCCAUGGCGCCUGGGAUUUGUUGAGCCCUGUCUUGAUUCAUGUGCCUUCAUGAAACGGUUUCCUGUUUCUUAAGUGAAUUCUAUGGACCACAAAGCAGCAGCACCCACUCUCACCAGCCUCAGUACAGCUCUGGUUGUAUUACAGCACCUUUUACCACUUCUGGUGUGUACCAUAAAAUUAGAAAUAUAAAAUAAUAGUAAUAUAAAACAAAAAAAAUUUUCAAUUUAAGAUAGAUAGAUAGAUAUAUAUAUAUAUAUAUAUAUAUAUAUCACACACAAGUUAUAAACUUCUGUAGUUAAUUCAAAUAAAGAUGUCUUUAUAGACAUAGGAGCAUAUAGCACACAAAUCUCACCAUUCAGGAAAAAAAAAACUGAAUGUGUAGUGGUUACAGAUGUCCUAACACAGGACACGGCUAGCUCUCCUCCUACUAGUGUGCUCCCAUCCCUCACUACUAGAGUCCCCCCCAGCUAGUGUCCCCCCAUUCCUCACUACUAGUGUGCCCCCAUCCCUCACUUUUAGAGCCCCACAUCUAGCCCCCCCAUUCCUCACUACUAGAGUCCCCCCAUCCCUUACUACUAUUGUCCCCCAUCAAGUGUCCCCCCCCAUACCUCACUAGUAGUGCCCACCCACUCACUUACCUGAUCAGUCGGCUGAUUGCAGGCUGGGAGCUGCUUGCUCUGUGCUGUUCCCCUGCAGACUCAGAGUAUAGAGAGAGGCAGAGAGAUGAAGUUCCUGUCCCUGCCUCUCUCCACACACCGGUAUUGCGUCUCUAAUUUCAAUCACAGAAAAAAAUACCGGCAUUUGUGUUGCUGGUAUUAUUGCAAUACCGGCACCGGCCAGGCAGCCUGAAAUACCGGCUAUGACAGUACAACACCGGCUAGGUGGCAACCCCUACGUUCCUUUGAAAUUAAGUUGGUUUUCAAAUGGCACCUUGACUCACAACACCGAAUUCAAUCAAGGUAAGUGACUGAACAUUUGAUUUUCUUUUUGUUUCUAAACUGACUUUAAAUUUACUUUAUUUUUAUUUUUUUUAAACCUUUUGAUAUGUCAUUACAUCCUAGCAGUACUGGGCUUUAAUGAUGUUUGGACUUGUUGACAUAUCUCAACAGAGAAUCCCAGGUAUCAUUUGAGUUAUGAUACCUGAUAAUUAAUGCUGUAAACAGUCAGUAGAUGGCAGUCACAUACUACUUUCUACACUUUUAACUAGGAAAUCAAUCUGCUGAUAUUGGUACUGAUUUUCACAGAGGGUCUUUCUUAACGGUUAGUGUUAGGGUAAGGUGAGGGUUAUAGUAGGUAUAUGGUUAGAGUUGGUGUAAGCAAAGGAUUGAAGGUAGGGUUGGUAUACGGUUAGUGAUAACUACCAGAAAUUAAUUUAGAUCCUAGACCUAUGAGGCAUUUAACAAUCAGGACUGAUAUGUGAAUCUGUUUAAUUGAGUAUCUUUAGCUGAUCUGGAUGUGAAAAAAUUAUAAGAAAAUAUGUGGUGGGAAAAUGUGUUUUUUUUUUUUUUUUUUUCUCAUUUGUGUUUUACAUGUUAUUCACAUCUUAAAGGGACUCUCCAGGCAGACGAUUUUACUAACCUGGUUCCAGCGCCGGGAGCUUCGUGAAGCCACGCCCCCUAUCUCGUCAAAAUGACAAAAUAGGCGGGCGUGAGCAGGGAGCAAUCAGACGCUUCCAUUUGGAAUCGUCAUUGCUCCCUUUUGCUCUUUUUUUUUUAUUUAUUUUUUUAAACAUUCAUAUGACAGAUUCACUCUGGCGGUGGUUCCCAACGUUUUUUGGACCAAGUCACACUUCAAUGAGAGAAACAUUCAAAGCACACCUACUUUUUACCAUUAUCAGCAGCUUACAUAGAUUUAUAGAGCAUGCUUUUGACUGUAGACUGAACUAGUUUUAGUUCAUUCCCAAAUUGACAUUAAAUGGUUUAUUUUUUAUUUUUUAUAUGUCUGCAUUAAAACUAUUAAGACUGCUUUCAACAUAUUAUGGCACUGAAAUCACUGUGUUUGAUGCACUAUGUGAGGUGGCUUGUAUCUCUUCACACUGAAAAAAAAAACAAAACACUGUUCUAUGAGAUAAAGUGAGGCUUCGAGUGCAUCAUCUGUACACAAACACUUCUUCAUUAAGCUAAAGUUGUUUUGGUGCCUACGGUGUCCCUUUAAAGCACUCUGACUGACUGCACUUAAAGGACCACUCCACACCCCAAAAGCACUUUAGCUUGGUAUCCUAUUCUAACACCAGUAUAUAAAAGUGCUGAUUUGUAUGUAAAAUGGUGCACACGCUUGCUCAAGGACACAAAUUUGGAGGCUUCUUAAUGAGUCUGCAUGUCUAUUUAUUUAUGUGCAGGUUUUUGUUGAGGUUUGCGUCAUUGACAGUGGUUGUCCGUCACUUUUACAGGACAAGUGGGAAAUGUCGUAGAAUUCAGCAGUCCCAUGCCCCUGUAUAAUGGGAUGGAUAAUAGAUCAUUAGGUCAUUUUUAGUGGCUAUUCAGGGAUAUUGGUUCUUUAACUCCAGCACUGAUUUAUUUAUUUAUUGUAUUUUUUGUGUGUGGGGGUUCCGGUGUAUGGUACAUAUAGUACCAGAAAACCUCCACGGUACUGUAUAUGAAUGUGUAAGUAUCCUCAUUAAUAAUAAAUAAUUUUAGGAAUAUUGCUAAUCCUCUGUUAAUUCCAUUUUCCAACUUCCAGAAUGUGCUUGCUGCUUCAUUGCUAACAUUUUGCAGUAUGUAUAUAAACAUUAUCUCAAGCUUGUUAACUUCUCUCCUUGAACUCAGUGACAUGCCAAUUAUUUAUUUACCUUUUAAUUUUGUUUAUAAAACAUCUUGAUUUAGAAGACAGAGCAAUUGAAACCAGAUAAUUAUGAUAUAUUUCUAUCAUUAUGGAUACUAUGUCCAAAUAUGUCGUACAUGCAAUUUAAUACUUUUUUAAAAAUUUUUCUUCUUCUCGGUUUUCCAUUACAGAUUUAUACUAUGGUGGUGAAGCUUUCUCUGUAGAGCAGCCACAAUCUUUUACUUGUCCUUAUUGUGGUAAAAUGGGUUAUACAGAAACUUCGCUACAAGAACACGUCACUUCUGAACACGCAGAAACGUCCACAGAAGUGGUAAGCUUUUCUUUGGAUGCUCUUUAUUUUUGUUUGCACCUUAUUUGCAGUAUCUGUUUUCGUGGCAGUGUUGUUUCUACAUAUUGCUAUAAAUACCGAAAAUUGCAAGUUUUAGGCCAAAACUGCUGAGCAGUUAUUUUGACCUAAAAUUUAUUACAGUGUCCGUUGUCCAAGGUUUAAUGAAUAACUUUGUAAGCAUAAUAAUUUAAUCUGAAAUGAAAACGGACUCAAAUUUUUACUUGUUUCUCAAGCAGAUAAUCUAACAUGAAAGUCAGCAUUAAGUGACGUAUAACAUAAACUUCUUAAUUUUUAAUCGGGAUAACAUGCAAUUGAGGUUUUUAGAAAAAAGGUGAGAAAGACUUGCCAAAGUGUAUACUUAUCUAGAAGUAUCAUCGAACAUGUAGUGUUCCGCCAGGACCGGUGAAGACUAAACUGGUGUCCGUAGCAGAAGAAGAGACUAUGUAGUAGUGGUAAUUUUGUCGACUAACAUUUUUGAGUUGACUAAAACUAAAACAAUUCAAAUAACUAAAACUGCUUUUUAGUCAAAAGAUUAUGACUAAAACUAAAUUGAAAUUUGCUGCCAAAAUUAACACUUCACCAAGGGGCUGUGGAAGGGGCAAAAGAGACAGACCACGGCUUGGUAGAGAGACACCUAGAGGGGCUGGAGGGACACACAGACACAGAGGGGCUUGGGAAGGGGCAAAAGAGACAGAGGCUUUUACUAAACCCGUUAGAUUUUAGUCGUUUUGAUUAAAAUAUACUUGAGAUUUAGUCGACUCAAACUAGAAUAAAACUAAAACAAUUCAGAUGACUAAAACAAAAUGGCUUUUUAGUCAAAAGACUGACUAAAACUAAAUAUAUUUUUUUACAUACAGCUCAUGAUUUCAGUGCUAGUUGCCAUGAUGACCAGCCAGUGCCACGUGGCCUCCUUGCAGCCUUAGCCAGCACUGCCUGCCGCUGUUUUCAGUGCAUACUGCACUCCUAUCAAUACUAUUAACCUCUCCUCAGCCAGCCUGUCAGUUUGGAGUUAUGAGCCUGUGCCCUUAUUAUUAUUAUUAUUAUUAUUAUUAUUAUUAUUAUUAUGGUAUUAUUUAUAUAGCGCCAACAAAUUCCACCGGGCUUUACAAUGGGUGGACGAACAAACAUGUAGUUGUAACCAGACAAGUUGGACACACAGUAAUAGAGGGGUUGAGGGCCCUGCUCAAUGAGCUUACAUGCUAGAGGUAGUGGGGUAAAGUGACAAGAAAGGUAAGGAUAUUAGUUGCCUUUGCUCUUUUGGACAUUUCUGUGGAUGAGGUUGCAGAUCUGUUGGAUAUCUUCGUGCCCUGUAAGAGUAGAAAUGAAAGUGCUGCUAUAAAGGAUACCAUUGAAGUUAUUUUGACGCUCCCCUAAUUUUGCCAUUUGUCACAAUAUAUGUGUUUCCUAAUUGUAGUUGUUGUGUGCAGGCUGUUUGCCUACCAUGCCUUCUUUGUCUCAUUCUGCUCAUUUUAGAGGUUUUUUCUCCACCGUAAGUUUGGCACUCUGGGGCAUAACUAUCUUGUUGGGUCCCUCUGGCACAACUGUGUCUUUGACCCUGAAGCUUUACGAGGCCAUAUCGUCUGACAAAUGCUUUUUUCCAGUACAUCAAGCAGUGUGUUCCAUUAUUAACAACAUCUGGGAGAUGCCAUUAGUCUUCUUUGAACUUUCAUCAUAUUUUCAAACACGUUUACCUGGUCACCAGUCCUUACUGCAGAUAGCGCUAUAUUAUGUCUCCUCUAGAAAACCACUAUAUAUCUGGAGGACAGUUCAUCUUUUAAGGAAUAAAUAUAUAAAUAAGAUUUUGGAAGGCAUGCUGUAAAAGACAUCAUGCAUUUGGCCUCAUUAAUCACUUGCCUUUUGUGGUAUGAUCAGAUGGAGGCUGCUUUCUAUUUAGUCUACUCUAAAGAACUCAUAAAAAGAGUUUAAUUUCAUAUUGGUUACAUUUGGCUAUGUGCUGCUUGCAGGGAUAUUCUGAGACUUUUUCUCCAGGAACUCGACCACUUAAGAAAUGGUCUACUCACCAAGCUCCCAAGUUGAACCUGCUGGUGCUCAUCUUUUCAGUCACCAUCUUGUUUGACCCAGGUUUAAAGGUCAUUAGCAGUUUGUGAUGUGGCCCUUUGCUCUGGCCACUGUUCCAUUUGUCUUUACUAAACUCUUAGGGGCCAUGAUAGCUUGAGCUCAUGGUCUUGCCUUGUCAGUUUACUCCUACUUAGACAACAUUCUUCUCUAGGUGGACAAGCAUGCAACCUUUCGUAUAUACCAGCUUAUCAAAUUCCUGUGUGUCUACCUACAACGAGUUCCAUCACCAUGCUCUUCUUUAUGGGUUUGGUUUUGGAUAUGGCCUGCAUGAGAGUUUUCCUUUGUGCUGCCUGUUUCCCCCUUUCAUAGUCUUACUCUGCCUGUGGUCGAUUUGUAUCGUUGUUGUGGGUCUCGCAGUUGUGUCCUCAGAUGCAAUACUUGUUGCACUGUUUUAAGUUCUGCCAAUACAAUGUCCGUUGCUCAGAUAUUGGAACGUGGAUCUAAGAGUUGAAGUGAAUUGUGGGGGUCACUGCAUGCUUAGGGGACUUGAUAUCCUCUGAAGGUGAGGUUACCAAUCUGUCAUCAAAAUUCAUGCGAUAUGCAUGCCUUUAUAUUUUGUUCUGCCUUGGGAGUUGGCACUCACAUAAGGUAAUACCAAAUAGUACGAAGUGAAACGAUGUCUCGUCCAUCUGACUUGUGUGUGUGUGUGAUUUGCUCAAUAUGUGCAUGAUAGCGGCUAAUGUGGUAUGAUUAGAUAUCUGGGGUAGAGAAUGACUUACGGUUUGUGGAUGUCUCCGUAAUGAAAACUUUGACUCCAGCACAUAAAUUCUAGGGAAAUUCAUCAAGCCCUACCAUAAUAACCAUAUCCUAGCCCAACCAGCCAUAUACUUGUACUGCAAUUCCCAACCCUAGCCGCAUACUAUAAUCCCAUGCUCUGUCAUUAGCUUUAAACCACUAAUCUACUGGCUCCUAGUCCAUGGGUCAGGACCCAAAAAUUGAUCCCCAUGUCUUUUUCAUGGGUCCCUAGAAACUGUAAAGUGUUUAAUAUUUACUGUAGCAUAACUAUCUUGCCCAGAACAGUUGAGAUCCUUCUGAAACUGGGAACAUUUUAACUGAGGUAUUCCAACGCAGUGUAUCCCUCUUUCACCUUACCUUAUUAUCUCUUUCACCCCAUUCUUGUUUCUACUAGUUUCUGCUGACCAAUGUCUUCCCUCCAUGCUCUCUUCCCGUGCCACUUCUCAAAUGUUUCUCUCUACAUUGUACUCAAUAUAAGCAUCAUAACUAUUGCAAACCAAUUCAGUGGUUAUGGUGCUAAGAGUACCCUGUCACCAUACCAUGGUAAACUGUUUACACAUUUGUUGACACUUACAUGGCUCUGUCAACACCUGAAGUCCUUCCAGUGUCCAUGAAUAUGCUAAAAAAGAAAAUCAUGCUUUGGCAUUAGCAAAGUACAUUUUGUGCAACUUUGGAAAUGUUUCAUUGGCUGUGAGUGUAAGCCAAUGGACAUUGGACUUGAAUAAUGUGCAAAACAGCACAAAAUUAAUAUUGCUAGUGCCAAAGUAUGAACUUCCACUUUAUUAGUGCAGACCAUAAGGACCAUGGACACCAAACAGAGCAAGGUGUGUCAAACUGUUUAUAAAUGUUUUUUUACAGCUUACUGUUGAAUGACGCCAUGUGAAUUGUGGCAACAUAACCACUGCAGAGUUCAGAGUUUCCCUUAGGGUGUAACAUGCCAGUGGAAUUGGCAGUCUUUGAUGUGCUGUUCUUACGUGCAGUUUAUGUGAUUAAAUAUUAAAAAAUCUGAUUUCAUAUCUCCUCUAUCACACAUAGCGUGCAUCUGAUCAGCACUCUGAGGAGACAUUUACUGGAGCAAUUACAGCCAUGGCUUAUGUGAGAGGAAUUGACAAUCUACACCAAGACAGCAUGCGUAGUAGGGUGGGUUAUAUUGCUUGUUACAGAUCGUCCCAGCCAUGUGGUAGGCAUUGGCAUAUUUUUCAAAAAAAUGGUCAUGGUAGCAGAACCAUGUCCUUUACUGGUUACUGGCCCUUUUCGCUUGACGGCAACUCCACUUCUUAAUGUUCUAAAGGUCUCCACUGAAUUUCACAACACAGUGCUGCUACUAUAAAUCAUUCAUUAUGGGUAGUUUACCAGGGUUUUAUCACUAUGGUGAGUUCAUUACCACUAUCUGACAUUAGCACGUGGAUACGGUUUUGUUGUAUUUAACCUGGGAUAGUUUGAGUGACUGAUAAUAGCAUAUUUCUUAGUGUACAAAAUGGAUCCCCUUGGUUAUGAAAAUGAAUCUUUACAUGGUCUUAUAUUCUUGUCUUUGCAGAUUUGUCCCAUAUGUGCAGCAUUACCUGGAGGAGAUCCAAAUCAUGUCACAGAUGACUUUGCUGCCCAUCUUACACUUGAACACAGAGCUCCUAGGGAUUUAAUAUCCUUUUGUCCUCUAUUAACAUUUUAUUACUACUGACGUAGGUGAAUUGUCCCUGUAUAAUGUAAACAUGAGUAUAUGUGUGGAAAUGUUCAUUUCAGAUAAGAACUGACGGUCAAUGAAUACCAUCACAGCAGAUCCACAUAGAUCUUUAUAUUUCACUAAGGAAACGUGUAAAAAUGGAAUUGCUUAUCAAAUCUCUUGCCCAAUGCAAUCACAAGGAAACUGGUAUUUCAAUUAGAUUGUUCUGACACCCUAAAUUCCUGAAUGUGUGGACUAAUUUUUUAAACAAUAUUUCUUAACUCAAAACGUAAUUUCAGGGCACAGUCUUCUUAAAGUAAGCAUUAUACUCUUAAGGUGUUACUCAAAAUAAAAACACUAUUUUUGGUUACAGUAACCCUUACUAGCAUGGUCCCCUCCUGAAAACUUACCUGCUUUCCAGUGCCAAGGCCAGGUUCCCUCAGCAGCCUGCCUGAAAUCACUCAAGUGGUCAUAGUGUGUGGAGUAAGCAUUUCAAUGUAGUUAUUUAAAAUAUUGAUUAUGGGCAUUGACCUAUAUUGCAGUCAGGUAAAUGAAAGAAACUUAAACCGUACUGAGAAAAGGGUAUUUUGUCUCUACAUAUCUUGUGUGUUUAAUUUCAUUAUUUUAUUAGCAUUUCUUCUGUCAAUGUUACUCCUCUUAACUUCUGUCCACGAUGAAUCCAGUGGAGUUCGGCAUGUACGAAGGAUGUUUCACCCUGGCCGAGGGCUGGGAGGACCUCGAGCUCGGAGAUCAAACAUGCACUUUACUAGCAGUUCCACUGGAGGGCUUUCAUCAUCACAGAGUUCAUACUCUCCCAGCAAUAGGGAAGCAAUGGAUCCUAUAGCUGGUAUUAUGCAUAUUCUCUCAACAUAAAAAGUCUUGCUAUUAAAUCCACACUCGUCAAAAACAAAAAACAAAAAUCCUCUGUUGAUCUCUGCCCCAACUAUGAAGUAUCUGAUAUCAACCAACCAGUCUAAGUCUCUCAUUGAAAGCUGAGCAUGAUAUUAUUUUCUGCAGCACUUUACAAUUAUAGAAUAUAGACAAAAAGUAAUUGACAUACAGAAUAAUAUUGCAAGAGACCAGGCCCCGCUCAGGCAAACAUUGUCGUAAUUCCAUGAGAUUAGAUGAAUGGAGUUGUAGACAUAACUACAAAUACAACCCCCCCCCCCCCCAUACAUAAGUAUGCCUUAAAUUAUAUCUAUGUACAAAGCAUACCAAGUACACUAUUUAUGGUUAUUGAAACACAAAUGAAUUGGUAAAUGUGUUUUAUAAAUUCUGUAAAUUUUGCCUAUAUAUAAUGCGGUUUUGUCUUCCUGGGCAGAACUAUUAUCUCAAUUAUCAGGAGUGAGGCGUUCAACAGGAGGACAGCUUAACUCCUCGGGCCCUUCUGCAUCACAGCUGCAACAACUGCAGAUGCAGUUACAGCUUGAGAGGCAGCAGGCACAGGCAGCGAGACAACAACUAGAGACGGCACGUAACGCAACUAGGCGCAACAAUGCAAGUGGUGUCACAACCACAAUUACGCAAUCAACAGCGACAACCAACACAUCGAAUACGGAAAACAAUCAACAGACUAUACAGAAUUCACAGUUCCUUCUCACAAGGUAUGUGGAUUUUACACCAGUGUUUAGGAAUAAAAAAAGGGAGAGAUUUAUAAUCACUGUGCCUGGUGUAUGACAAAUGUGACAGAGACAAAAGCAAACAAAUAUUUUAUUAGGAUGUAUAUUUCCCGAAAUGUGAGAAAGUGAGUCUUAAACUAAUGACAAUUUAACCUUCCAAUUUCCUUACACCUAUGUAGUACAGUAGACAGAAUCAUUGUGAUAGUAUUUGUGGUUUUCAUUUUUGCUUUUUACAUUUUUUUUUUAAGGUAUUCAGGGAAGCUGGCAUAUAGUGAUUAAAUCUUUUAAGGAACACCCUAAGCCUUUUAAUACAGCUUAUUGUAGCAUAUAUGUGUAAGGAGUCUUUUGGUACAUUAUCUAAUCUAUUUGUCAGAAUGUUGUUUAUUGACCCAGUUUCACAAAGAACGCUACCACCAUGGGAAUGUGAGUUUUAUUUCUGCAUUAUUCAAGUGAAAUAAUUCCAAAUUUAGAAGGCAAUUAUAAACUCCAAGUGGUAGGUUAAGCCACUCACAACCUGUCAGCACCAUCCAAAUUUGGAUAGGUUUGUGAAAAUUGUGAAGUGAACUAAUAAGCUGUAGGAAAAAUAGAUUGGGGUACAAUCCCCUUGCAAGUUAAGAUGUGUGUGUGUGUGUGUAUCUGGUAUUCCUAGCACUCACCUGUAGUACAGUAUAGCACAGUAUCUGUCUGUAGUGGUCACUGCAGAUGUUUGUGUUUUACAAUGAUUUGCAAGAUGUGACACCAGCAAGGUUAUUCACUUAAAUAAAAAUCACUGUUUAAUAGAUACAACCAAUAUGAAAACAUGCAUUCAUUAUGAGGGUAUGUCUAAAUAAACAGCUUACACAUGCUGCAUUUCUCUUCUCCCAUUCUAACCCCACCCAGACGUAGUUUCUGUCCAAUCACAGACUUCCCAAUGCAGCACAAUGAAAAGUCUUUGCGAAGCAGGUGCUAUGGGCAAUAGCUGCCUCUUGAGUUUAGCUCCAUUGUGCUAAUCAAACCAGGAAGUUACAAGAACGUCACUAUAGCAUUGGCAAUACACAUUAAAAUGCUGUAGUGUUCAUUUAAGACCAAAAUGGAACCAUUUAAAUUUGGCUAUGGUUCCAGUUCAGCUACUUUUGGGCUUAAAUUUGAAUUCACUUUGAAAUUCUCAAGCAGGGCAAAUUUACUAAGGAUGCGGGCAGACAGGUGGUGGGUGUUCUACACCCAUGAGUAUGAUAAGGAGAUAUGGUGAGUGUUAUCUCCAAAUUUUACUUUGACUACAUCAUGUAUUUUUGUGGUGUCUGAUAUAUUAAAUGUAUUUGGUUGGGAUACUUAAAUGGACUGACAUCUAUACUUGAAUUACUCCAAACCUUAUGUACAAAUUACCUUUUCAAAUUCCUAUUUGCAUCACUCUUCUAUAUUGAAUUUGUCAUCUCAUCUGUACUCUCACUUUUUUUUUUUGUGUGUGCAGAUUGAAUGAUCCUAAGAUGACGGAGGCCGAAAGACAGUCAAUAGAAAGUGAAAGAGCUGACCGCAGCCUGUUUGUGCAGGAGCUCCUCCUGUCAACAUUGAUGCAGGAAGAGAGCUCUUCCUCCGAUGAGGACGAGCGGGGAGAAAUAGCUGAUUUUGGGGCAAUGGGAUGUGUAGAUAUUAUGCCUUUAGAUGUUGCGUUAGAAAACCUUAAUCUAAAAGAGAGUAAUAAAGGAAACGAGCCUCCGCCACCUCCUCUUUGAUGACAUCCCCCUUUGCAGACAAUGUCCUCUGUGCUGUAACUGCCAAUGAAAGUGGACAAACAACUAUCUUUGGGUUUGUUUUGGUGAUUGUAAUUUCCGGUCUGUCACUCUUGUUACAUUGUGUACAUUCAAAAAAAAAAAAAAAAUUAAAAAAAAGAGAGAGGCAAAUAUAUAUAAUUCACUUAACUAAUUUUUACUUCUAGCAGGUAAACAUAGGUAGCAGUACCAGAGGCAGCAUCCUGCUUCCUGUACCUUGACGUAAACAAAUAAAUAAGACUCUCCUAAUCUCCCACAUUCAAACUGAACAAGGAAAUAAUAAUAAUAAUAAUAAAAAAACAAAUAUAUGGAAACAAAAAUCUCUAAUGAAGCUGCUGUGUGUAUUUAUGAAUAUUAAUGAAUAAAAACUGCUUGGAUGGUUUACCAUAACUACUGCAUGAGGUUUUUUGCAGCGUGCAUGAGUUUUUAGUGACAUUGUCAUUAAGAAAAAAAAACAAAAAGAGAACUGGCUUAAAUUUUAAGGUCAUAAAGCCAUUUAAAUCCCAAAGCUUUCCUAAGCAUUAUUCAAAAGGUUACAGCACCCGACGACAUGCAAUGUUAACUGUUGACUAGCCGUUUGUAGCCAUGGAUCUUUUGAAUAAUGUAAUUGAUAAAAACGUUUUUAUGUGAGUGUUUAAAGCACAUCAGGCAGACUCUGCAGUGGCAUUAACUGUGUGUCUUUUUAAGGGCAUUUCACCUUUUAGUAUUAAAUCACAUUAAUCACCUUGUGGUUGGUGUAAAAAUGUUUUUUUGGUUUUUGCCCCUCUCUAUUUCAUUUUGAACUUUCACCUGAACUAUAACAUUACAGUUUAGGUCACUGUCAGACUUUGCUUGUAGUGUUCCCUUAUUCCAAACUUGUUCAUUGUUCAGCAUUUUUUUUUUUUAUUAUUAUUUUUUUGAAAGAGGGGUUAUUUUUGUUUGUUGUUUUUUUUGGGGGGGAAGGAGCUUUUUUUUAUUUUUAUUUUUUUGCUCGAGGUUGUUUAGAAGGAAAACUGUUUUGACUGUUUAAACAUGUUUUAUCCAGGUGUAGGCACAUUCAUUUAAUUGCUGUUUAAACUAAAGUUUGCUUUGAUUUUGUUGUCUUGGUUUAAAGAAAGAAAGAAAAAAAAAAUUGAAAAAAAUACCUUUCACAUUCUCAAUCAUAUUUUUUUUUUUUUGAGUUUUUCUUAUUUAUUUACUUGCUUCAUAGUUUUGCAGAGACUUGUCCGCAAAAGAAGAGCUUGAGGGUUUGAUUCCCACACUUGUUGAUAUAUAACAAUGGAAUUCCUAUUGCUAACGUAGCACCUUUUUUUAUUUAUUGUUACUUUGUUUCAGUUUUUUCGGCAUACAAGUAAAAAAGCCUUUUGAUUAAAUCAUGCCACCUACAUGCCUAUACUAUUAAUCCUAUAUGUAAAAAUAUGUACAGUGUUCUUUUUGUGCAUAGACUUUCAUAAAGGGCCCGAAAAAGGGAUAGCAGAUUUUUUUGUUUUUUUUGUUUGUUUUUUGCAAUGUAAAUUUAGAAUAUAAAGAAAAUAAACAAACGUGCGCACAGCUUCUGAUCAAUCGACAGAUUCACUCACAUGAUCAUGUCUAUAUUUAAUUCUCUCUCUCUCUAUCCCUCGUUUCAAUUGCUUUUACGAGUUUACAUUAAUUCAUCUUGGCAACGUCACAUGACUCCUAGAAUAAAAAAAAAUCCGACUUCCACACUGGUUAGUAUGAUCUCAGAAUAACGGUUAUAUAUUGUAAUACACAAUAGUGUUGAAUCGAAACACUAAGAUUGUUAUUGUUUCAACUGUUCACAUUUUCCCAGAAUGCUCAGAAUAUACUGUAUUUAUGCACAGUGUAGCACUUGAAUGUUUUGAGCCUCAUGUGCCAUGCUUAUGGUGCUAAAAGGUUAAAGUGGAGAUUUGAUUCAUGUCCUCUAGUCACUGUAGCAUUUUAGCCCGGUUAACUUUUUUUUUUUUUAUUUGUUGAGGAUUUCCAAAAAAAAAUUUAAAAAAAUAACAGUUUCUUUAAGCUGUAGACUUUUCAAACACAUUCUGCACAUUUACAGCUAUACAUUCAGUUCAAUAAAGCAUUUUCAAGACUGUUGCUCAGUUGAUUUUCUGUUUUUUAUUUUUCUUUAUUUUUUAUCAAUGCAGACUUCCUCUUAGCAGGAAGUAUUCUACGUCAUAAUGACUUUGUGUUUCUCAUCC